AUGAAGCAGAAGGAAACCUGUCAGUCUCUCUGCUGCCGCGGCUGCCGCGGCGCGGGUUUGGGUUGGCUCGUCUGGCUGAGCCCGAGGGCGAAGGAGGCAAGCAGGCUGCAGCGGACCGGCCGCCUGAAGCGAUCCGUUCGCCUCCGAGGAGGCGCGCGUGCUCUGGGGGACGUCUCUCAGGCUGACGUGGGCAAGCCGGAGUCUCCCGGGCUGUGGGAGCAGAGGGAGGUUCGCGAGGCCUCCGCACCCAGACGCGCGUUCCUGGGGGCCAGGAAUGCCCACUCGGUCCUGAAGCGCUUUCCCCGAGCCAACGGCUUCCUGGAGGAGAUUCGGCAGGGCACCAUCGAGCGGGAGUGCAUCGAGGAGGUCUGCAGCUAUGAGGAGGUCAAGGAAGUGUUCGAGAACAAGGAGAAGACGAUGGAGUUCUGGAAGGGCUACACCAACUCCGUCUACUCUGUCAAGGACCCCGGGCACAACACAGAGCGCUCAGACGCUAUGUACGUGGUGGUGCCCCUCUUGGGAGUGGCCCUGCUGAUAGUCAUCGCCCUCUUCAUCAUCUGGAGGUGCCAGCUGCAGAAGGCCACCCGCCACCGCCCUUCCUAUGCCCAGAACCGCUACCUGGCCAGCCGAACGGGACGCAGCCUCCCCAGGGUCAUGGUGUACCGGGAGCGGUCGCAAAGCCAGGGGGAAAAUCAGCGAGAAGCGAGCAACCGGGGGGCUGGAGACGGCAGAGCAGGAGGCACCCCUCAGCAGGACGGCACCCUCUGUCCGCCAGAGCAUUCGGUCUCUGUCCUCUCCAGACUGUCCAGUGCCACCCCUCCGCCUUCCUACGAGGAGGUGACGGGGCACCCAGAGAGCAGCAGCAGUGAAGAGACCAGCAUCUCCUACAACGACCCACCGCCAAAAUAUGAAGAGAUCGUGGCUGCUGCCCCCACUGCGGCCAAAUAGCGGGUCCGUGUCCCUGUUGCCUCUUCACACACUCACGCUCACUCACCCCCCACCCCUUGCCGUGCCCGGAACCGCCUUCAGGUGCCAGUUGGCUCCCCAUCUCACUUGUACCAUCACUUGGUGCCAUCACACAGUAGCCUUACCCUCCUUACCGAAACCAGCUGUCCCCAAGCAGGGUGAGGAUGGGAUGUGGGGAUGGCUCCGGAGUUUACCAGCCAUCUCCUUCCCCUCGCUCCCCGCUCACGGAAGUGCUGCAGCAGCCAGAGCAGAGCAGCAGCUUGUUCCUGGCUCAACGCGGGGGUCUCCCCAUGGUGCAUUCGAUUUCCUCACUUGCCCUCAGACAUAACAUUUCCCACGAUUAAAACAGCCUCACUGCCUCCCUGGGGCUCUGCUCAGCCUCACCCUGUGCGCACACCAGCUCCUGGACCCGAGGCACGUGCGGGGCUGGUGUUGGGGUCGGUCCUUUCCAUGCCCAAGUCAGCAGGGCUGGUUUGUGAUGUGCUGAGACCGCAGUCCUCACCGGGUCCUGUUUUGCUGCUUGGUGCUCUCGUUAGGAGCCGGGGAUGCAGGAGGGGCGGUGCUGAUUUCUGCCUGUGCCCCCAGUUGUGACUGGGGAGAAAGUGCCUCCCUCGUGUGUGUUUGCUGCCUGGUGGGAGCAGGGAGCCCAUCGCAUCCUGCGGUGCCUGCAGUGAUGGUUGCUGUUGGGAGAAGGGGGAGGGAGCCAUCAGGGAGGUGUUCUGUGAUCUCCUAGAUCCCUUUGGAAAGGGAGCAAGGCUCGUGGUGGUCCUGCAUGUGAUGUAAGUCACUUUGGAACCACCAAAGGUGCUCGCAGGACUUUAAGCAGUGGGGAUGCUCCUUCGUCCUGGAGGCGACCUGUCUGGUGCCUGCCCCAGAGGAGGGAUGCAGGCACAAAGAGGCUGCGGACGUGCCAAACCUCCCCUCUGCCUGCCCCGAACCUCUCUGUCCUCUCUGGCCCUCUCUCUGGGGCUCUUGUCCUCCAGAGCAGGCGGGGGAAUUGAGGCCCCACUGUCCUCCAAGCUGCUCUGGUGGGCAGAGCACGGGGUGGCCGUGGCCGCGGUGUGGAGGGCGUGCUGGGAGAGGCGGCGGCAGGGCUGAGAACCGACUGAUCGUGCCACAGCCGGGGAUGCUGGUGGGACAGGAGCAGGGCUGAACCCUGCCGUGCCUGACCCCUCGGUGGUCCCAGUGCCCGGGCAGGGCACAGCCACGUGCUUUGCUGUGGGAGCAGCGUGUCCCCUGUUCCUAGGCAGCCACUUUUGGGGUCCACACAACAGGGCUGUCCAGUAAUGUCUCUAAUUUCCCAGUAAUGUCUGAUGGGCUGCGAAGGGGGUUCUGCUCCCCAGCCCCCCAGACUAGCCCAGAAGCUCCCAGCACUGCCACCCCGCGGGGUUUACCCCAGCACGAGUCUCCACCAGCACCAAAAGGCCGCUGUACGUCCGUGGGCCGCCCGUGUCCCGCUCGGUCCCAGCGAUGUCUCGCAGCAGGUCCCUCAGCCCAACGUGGCCGUUUCUGGGGCAGGAUACAGGCCCAUGGGGGCUGCGGCUGCCGGCACCUCGUCCCUUCCCCAGCCUUCACUCUGCCUUUCGGCCUUAGUGUGUGGGGGCUAUGGGAAGACCUGGCACGAGCGCCAGGGUCAGAGCUGGAAAAGACCAGAGGGAGACAGAGGGGCACUCUCGGAUCCUCUGUCUUCGAUGUGCGGUCGUUAUCCUUGCGGUUUGUAUUCUGUAAAACUUGGUAUAUUUCUGUGCAAAAAGGUAUUUAUUAAAAAACCCUCACUGUCUGA